AUGUCUCUUUUUCUUUACAUUGUUUUAUUUUCUUUUUCCUUCUCUUUUUCUUCCUUUGUUUUCUUUUCCUUUUUUAUUUUUCCUUUUCUUUUUCCUCCUUUGUUUUCUUUUUCCUUUUCUUUUCUCAUUUUCUUUCGCCUUCUUUGUUUUCUUUUUCGUUUUCCUUCCUUUGUUUUCUUUUCGUUUUCCUUUUUCUUUCCCCCAUUUCUUUUUACUUCUUUGUUUUAUUUUGUCUUUGCAUCGUUUUUUUCUCUUUCUCUUUCACCAUUUUCCUUGUUUUUAUUUUGCCUUUUCUUUUUAUUCCCUCCUCAUUUGCUUUCUCUGUUUCUCUUUAUACAGUUCUUUCCUUUGUCGUCUCUUCGUUUAUUUUUACUUCGUUUUAUUUAUGCAUUUUAUUCAUCCAUAAUUCUAUUUAAAAAAAUCCUUUUUCUCUUUCACUGUUUCUGUCUCUCUCCUCAUUUUUAA